CAACAAGUUUACUUAUAACCGCGCGUCGCAAGCAUUACAACACAACUCAACUGACUCGCGUUGUCGACGCGCGGACGGCCAUUGCGUUCCGUCGAACGGGCGCGAUUCCAUUUUCAAAUUUUCUUUUUUUUUUAUCGAAGUGCAUUUGCGUGGCAUGAGCGCGUUUUGUUUUUAAUUUCUAAAGGUGUUUUUCAAAAUGCGUGUAGUGUUAUUCGUGUUUGCGUGUGUGUCGUUAGUGGCGGGACAGGACAUAAACAGUUUGAGGGAUAUGCCAAAGUACGAUAAGAGAUAUGACUAUUUGAGUGUGGACGCUAUUUUGGAAAACAAGAGAUUAGUGAGAAACUACGUGGACUGUCUGAUCAAUGCGAAGCCGUGCACGCCUGAAGGGAAGGCGCUGAAAAAAAUACUCCCAGAAGCGCUUCGAACGAAAUGUGUCCGAUGCACAGAAAACCAGAAGCAAACAGCAGUGAAAGUGAUCAAGCGAGUGAAGGCUGAAUAUCCUGAGGACUGGCAGAAGUUAGCUUCGCGAUGGGACCCCACGGGAGACUUCACUAGGUACUUCGAGGAGGUGCUCACCAGGGACCACUUCAACACGAUCCCUAGUAACGAGAUCCCUGGAUCAUCACCGCUGCCGACGCCGCCACCGCCGCCACCACCAACGCAGACCACCACCACCAGACGACCAUUCUCCCCACCACCCCCACCAACUCUACCGCCGCUCUCCGUGAUACCAUCUAACACGCAGACAACUUCCACGCCUCCACGACCGGUCAUAUUGAACCGGCCUUCAAGCCCACCGCCUCCGCCGACGCUGCCGCCUGCAUCAGUACCUUCUAGCUCGCAGCCGCCCGUCUCCACUUCGCCAAAGCCUGUCAUACUAAAUAGGUUCGGCGAUGACGGCGAGCUGAUGGUGAAUGGUCAGCCAGCGCCAGCGCCGGCGCCGACCACCCGUCCGACCACCGUGCGCCCGGUCUACACCACCAGACCCACACAAACGUACUGGGCUGGCGCAGCGUCCGACGUCGUCCCAACACGCUUCAACCUGCGGCCCACCAAGGACAUCAUGCCGCCCUACACCACGGCCAUCACCCUCAUCGACCAGAUCGGCUACAAGAUCAUCAGGACGACGGAGUUGGUCACGGAUAUCUUAAGGAAUACGGUCAGGGCGGUCGUGGGACGGUAAAUCGUUCGAACGGUGACGCGCUGAGGUAACGUCAGUGUAGUGUUGAAACUGCGAGAGGUAUCCUAUUUUUAGGACGAUAAUUUAAUAUUGAGUCAAUCAUGUCGCUCCCCAAGUUUUUUGGAACAUAAUCAAUUAAUCUGAACUUAUCGGAGCUUGAUAUUUUCUAAUAGAUGUAUGUGCCUACUCGUAACUAUUAUUUUGAGGAUUCUGGGUCGUUAUUUCAUUCAAAUGUUCUAAAAAUAGGGUAUUACGAGGAAAAUUAUGUCUUAGGAGGUAUUAUAUCUUCAUGCCUACUAUUGAUUAGGAUAUUAAGGGCCAGUUGCACCAACCACAUUUGACAGACUGAUCAACGUCAACCGGCGCUCCCCGGCGCUUUACUAUGAAACUUUCCAUACAUACAAAUUUUGCGAACUCUUUAACGAUACGAACAGUUUGGUGCAACCGACCCUAUGACUCUGGAUUUCAAAAUGGAUUCAAGAUUUUAAUAACAAAACUUCCGUGAGACACAGACAUAUUAAAUAUAUUAUUAUAUUGUAUUAUUAAAAUACGUGAGUGACCCGUUCUUAAUAUAUUUAAUAGGAUUCAAGAUUUAUUCAGCAUUCAGCGGACAUAUGAUUUACCCGCAUAUCAGCAUUUUAGAACUUUCGUUUCAAUGGACCUUUUAGAUAGGGUAAACGUUCUAGUGCUUGACAUGCUAAUGACACCUUGUUGUCACCUCUAUUGACAAUGACUUAAGUUUCAAGAUGACCUUUACCUUAUGUUAUGUAUGUCUUUCAGCGCCGCACUGACUUUGAUAUUGAAAGGUAUUGCGUUGCCGGUAACUUUUUGUUAAGAUGGUGCCAGUGGUUCUCAAUUUGCUCAAUACUUCGUAAAUGUGCGUAAAAUAGUCUAGAUAUAAAUUAGGCGUUGAAACUCUUGCCAUUAAACGUCUUAAUUUCUCCAUUUAUUGAAUCUGCCGGCUUAUUAGCCAAGGUGACAAUCGCUAUCGCUUCGACAACGAAACGCUUUGUGUCUCUCUAUCACUCUUUCAAAUUAGUGCGACAGUGACAAUUGCGUUUCGAUCACUAAGUACGGAGCGUUAGCGAUUGGCAUGUCGUCUACGGGGCCCUGAUUAGUUUAGCUGCAAGAGAAUUGGUUAAUAGGUCCUAUGGAUUUUGUUUUUUAUUUAGACCUUCGUUUUUAUCAACCUUAAUGUUUCGUCAUUUAGUUUCUAUAGUUUGUAUCAAAUAAAGACAAUUGCACGCAAUUUCGUCUGCACGUAAUUAUUCGCGAAAUAGUUUAGCAGAAAAUAACGUAAUAAAAUAACCACCGAUAUCCUAUAUAAAACGCCCUAAAUUAAGGGUAAGAGUAAUUUCUAAUGUAUUUUAUUGGUGAAAUCUUAAAUGAUCUUCUUAGGUACAUUGAUAAUAAUUAUUCCUUGCAUCUCUGCCACAAAGGCGCAGUUACACAGGAGUUCACAAGUUGACCUUAACAUUAAUCCUGUCCAAAAAAAUGUUUGUUGAUAUCUAAGUGAUAACAAUACAAGACGGUGGCUUGCAUUUAUAAGUACCGGUAUAAAUCCGGUAUAAAUCCGGUAUAAGUAAGAUGUAUCAUGGCGAACACAUAGAAAUAACAUCAUGGCGAUUCAGCAUUUUUCGUAUAGUUCGUAUAACUGCGCCUUCACGACCUGUCUUCUCCAAACUCCAUGACAUUUACAGUCUGCCAACUAGGAACAAAACCUUUAUGACAUACGGCACGAUUCGGGAAAUGAAUUAGAGAUUAACUAGACACGAUAUACUAAAGAUAUAUUAUCUUUACUAUUUCAUAUCUAUUAGUGAGUAUCUAAUUAAUUUCCCGAAUCGAGCCGAUAGUCAAUUUAAUUAUAAGUUCGAUACAUGUUUUCCCAUGUUCACAUUCUCAUUGUAAUUGUUUAAUUAUUUAUGUUUAGAAAGAUUGACAUAUUUUAUACUAUAAAUGUUGUUUAAGUUUCUUUCGCGUUAAGAUAAAAAAAAGUGUAAACCUUUAUAGAUUUUUCGUUGAUAAAGUUUUAGGCAUUAACGGCCUUGGAUGGCAGCUAACCUCUUGGGCCUUCUAUUUUAUUUAUUUUUUUCGCCUUGUCAGAAAGACACGACAAAACAUUUGCCUGUUUAUUUUGCGCAGGAGCACUCACAUAAGGUAAACGUACUAGUGCUCGACAUUCUAAUGCCCAAUAUAUAGAUGACACCUUGCUAUCACCUCUAUUGACAAGACUUAAGUUUCAAAUGACAUGUACUGGGACCGCGUCGAGCACCAGUACGUUUGCCUUAAACCAUACUAUGAUUGGCGAGCAUUUUUUAAAUAAGUAUAGAUAUCUCAUUUGCCUGCCGUCUUUUGAUGUGACUAGAUUUAAGAUUUUGUAAUAUGUAGGUACUUAGAUUUAAGUUUUUUUAUUAUAAUUUAAUUAUAGUCGAACAGUGACUCAAUUAAAUAUUUUCAUAAAA